GUCUGCAACUCCGAGAAGUGCAACUGAAACUGAACGGUGCGCCAAACGGCUGUCCCUCGAAGAAAUGGACCAAAGUGGAUAAAGUUUUGGACAUCUUCUGUAACACAACCAUAAGAGCCAGAAAUUUGACCAUCGAGGAGCCCCUGGCCUCGCGGCUGUGUUCUGUUUACCUAAGCAGAGGUCGCAACCUGGCCACCAGGGGGAGCGUCGUUCUGUCAAGCACAGCAAGCCAAGGAGAUGCCAGCUUCUCCGUCGACGGAGAGACAACAAAUUCGUCAGGGUUUGCUCUCUGCUCACACACAAAUAUCAGUGAUCAGGUUGGAAUUUGGAAACUCACCUUUCGUAAUAAUUACCUCAUUACUAGAGUCCGCAUUUUCACACUACCAG